AGCCGGGCGCGGUUUCCGGGGAACGCGUUUCCCGCCGCACCGUGGGCCACCCGGACCGCACAGGACGGGGCACUUUCCGGUGGCGGCGCGGAGCCCUGGGCCCGGCUGCGGCCCGGCGGCGGCCCCGGCGCUGUGCGGGCGUUCGUGGCGGCCGGGGAGCGGCAGGGGCCCUGGGCGGCGGCGAGGCCGGAGCGGGGCGGGCCGGGGACACCGGCUCCCGGCGCCCUCGGAGCCAAAGGCGCGCGGCGGACACGGCGGGGCCGACACGGCGGGGCCCUUGCGCGCCUGGAGACCAUGCCAAAGCUGCAGGGCUUCGAGUUCUGGAGCCGCACCCUGCGUGGCGCCCGCCACGUGGUGGCCCCCAUGGUGGACCAGAGCGAGCUGGCCUGGAGGCUGCUGAGCCGGCGCCACGGAGCACAGCUCUGCUACACGCCCAUGCUGCACGCCCAGGUCUUCGUCCGCGACGCCAACUACCGGAAGGAGAACCUGUACUGCGAGGUGUGCCCCGAGGACCGGCCUCUCAUCGUGCAGUUCUGUGCCAAUGACCCGGAAGUGUUUGUUCAGGCGGCUCUCCUGGCUCAGGAUUACUGUGACGCCAUUGACCUGAACUUGGGCUGCCCACAGAUGAUAGCCAAGAGAGGUCACUAUGGUGCCUUCCUGCAGGAUGAGUGGGACCUGCUCCAAAGAAUGAUUUUGCUGGCCCACGAGAAACUUUCUGUUCCUGUAACGUGCAAGAUCCGUGUCUUCCCGGAGAUCGACAAGACCGUGAGGUACGCCCAGAUGCUGGAGAAGGCCGGCUGCCAGUUGCUGACGGUGCACGGGCGCACCAAGGAGCAGAAAGGGCCCCUGUCGGGUGCAGCAUCCUGGGAGCACAUCAAGGCCGUGCGGAAGGCUGUGGCCAUCCCUGUGUUUGCUAAUGGGAACAUCCAGUGCCUGCAGGAUGUGGAGCGCUGCCUCCGGGACACGGGUGUGCAGGGCGUUAUGAGCGCAGAGGGCAACCUGCACAACCCCGCCCUGUUCGAGGGCCGGAGCCCUGCCGUGUGGGAGCUGGCCGAGGAAUACCUGGACAUCGUGCGAGAGCACCCCUGCCCGCUGUCCUAUGUCCGGGCCCACCUCUUCAAGCUGUGGCACCACACGCUGCAGGUGCACCAGCAGCUGCGAGAGGAGCUGGCCAAGGUGAAGACCCUGGAGGGCAUCGCUGCCGUGAGCCAGGAGCUGAAGCUGCGGUGCCAGGAGGAGAUAUCCAGGCAGGAGGGAGCGAAGCCCACCGGCGACUUGCCCUUCCACUGGAUCUGCCAGCCCUACGUCCGGCCGGGGCCCAGGGAGGGGAGCAAGGAGAAGUCGGGUGCGCGCAGCAAGCGGGCCCUGGAGGAGGAGGAGUGUGGCACAGAAAUCCUGUCCAAGAACAAGCAGAAGAAGCAGCUGAGGAACCCCCACAAGACCUUCGACCCCUCUCUGAAGCCAAAAUAUGCAAAGUGUGACCAGUGUGGAAACCCAAAGGUGAGUGGGUUCCGGCCACAUGCCACCAAGGCUUCCGCUCUGGUGGGUGAGCAGGGUGGUCUCCGCACUCGGGGUAGCAGGUGUGGUGCCCGCCCAGCUGGGUUUGCAGUGUGGCCCAAGGUGGCAUGGAUGCCUCAGGACGGCUCCUUGCUUCCAGCCAAGCCCCUGCCCAGGAAUGGAGUGGGAAUAAGUCUGGGUAGUUGGGUGAGGGAGAGGCACCUGGCUUGGGGGCGGUCCCCAGGGCUGCAUCCAGGCCGUGGGCAUCUGGCAGAGACUUUCCCAGCCUGGCCCCAGGAGUGGUGCUGGCCACAGCCUCCCGAGCUUUCCUGUGCCCAGGGCAACAGAUGUGUGUUCAGCCUGUGCCGCGGCUGCUGCAAGAAGCGAGCCUCCAAAGAGACUGCGGACUGCCCAGGUCACGGAUUGCUUUUUAAAACCAAAUUGGAGAAGUCUCUGGCCUGGAAAGAGGCCCAGCCUGAGCUACAGGAGCCUCAGCAGGCAGCGCCCGGAACACCGGGUGGCUUCUCUGAAGUCAUGGGCAGUGCCCUGGCCUGAAGGCCCAGAACCCCCACCCCCAGGACUGCUGCUGGAGCCUGGACACGUCCUACUUAAGGAAACGCCUUUACUCAGGGAAUCUCCUGCUACUUAAUGUGGAAAGACACGCCCACGUCCCCCUUCGGCCCACUCCGGGGGCCUGGAAAUGCUGCAGUGGGGAGCAGGCCCCAGGCUGGACCUGCCCUGUCCUCAGCACGCGUGUGCAAAAGGGAACAAUAAAUCACUUCAAAGAUGC